AUGGAUCUUGCCCCAGAAGAGCUUCAAUUUCUCAGCAUUAGAGGAAUCUUGCAUGAAUCAACCUCGAUCCCCAAAUUUUCCCUCAAAACCUUCUACCUCAUAACCCUAACCCUAAUAUUUCCUCUCUCCUUCGCAAUCCUCGCACAUUCCCUCUUCACGCAACCGAUCUUAGCUCAGAUCAACACUUACCCUCCGGCCGACCAAUCUCAGACCCAACACGAAUGGACCGUCCUCCUCGUUUUCCAGUUCUGCUACAUAAUCUUCCUCUUCGCAUUCUCUCUCCUCUCCACAGCCGCCGUCGUCUUCACCGUCGCUUCUCUCUACACCGGAAAACCCGUCUCUUUCUCCUCCACAAUGUCGGCGAUCCCUCUCGGCCUCAAACGACUGCUCAUCACUUUCCUCUGGGUUUCACUCUUGAUGCUCGCUUACAACAUCGUCUUCUUGAUCUUCUUGGUCACUUUGAUCGUAGCCAUCGAUUUACAGAACGUAGGUUUAGCUGUCUUCUCGUUGCUAGUGAUCUUCGUUCUGUUCUUGGGCGUUCAUGUUUACAUGACGGCUCUGUGGCAUUUAGCUAGCGUGGUCUCUGUUCUUGAGCCGGUUUACGGUUUCGCAGCGAUGAAGAAGAGCUACGAGUUGCUUAAAGGGAAGACGUUUAUGGCUUGUUCGAUGGUUUUCGUCUAUCUUGCUCACUGUGGAUUCAUUAGUGGAGUUUUCGGUGCGUUGGUAGUUCGUGGUGGAGAAGAUUACGGAGUUUUCACUAGAUUAGUGGCUGGUGGGUUCUUGGUUGGUGUUCUUGUGAUAGUUAAUCUUAUUGGAUUGCUUGUGCAGAGUGUGUUUUACUAUGUUUGCAAGAGCUUUCAUCAUCAGGAGAUUGAUAAAUCUGCGUUGCAUGAUCAUCUUGGUGGGUAUCUCGGUGAAUAUGUUCCUCUUAAGAGUAACAUUCAAAUGGAGAACUUUGAUGUUUGA